AUGGGAGCACGUACCGAGGCCGGCGACCGGGUCAGAGCCCUCUUCAGGGCAAUUCGAGAUGCGUACGUGGAGCUCACCACAGCGGCCCCGAACCAACAGUUACUGCGCAAGAAGGAGCUCGAGAUGCUGUUUGAGGGGCAAGGUUGCCUCUAUCUCGCUUGCAUCCACGAGUCGGCAAAGCUGUACAAGUACGGCUGCAGCGCCAACCUCCAGAAGCGCAAUCUGGCGCACCGUAGUCACUUCAAACCCCCUUUUUCGUAUCGACUAGAGAUGGCAUGGAAGGCUGAUCAGCCACCGGACGCCGAAGAGAAUUUCAAGGACGACCCGUUGAUAAGAGAGAUUCACGAAGCGGUCGAGAUUGGAGGAACUGUGCACAGAGAGAUCAUCCGCUUACCCGAUCAUGUAGACAAGGGGUUGCUUGUGGUAGCGUUGCUUGUGGGGGUUCACACUUUGUAUAAUGUCUGGCAUAGUGCAGUCUGCAAUGUGCUGCGGGGCCGGGGUGCUGAUGUGAAUGGAAAGGAUGACAAGGGUCUGACGGCGCUUCACAGGGCUGCUAUGGCAGGGCGUAGUGCAGUCUGCAAUGUGCUGCUGGGCCGGGGUGCUGAUGUGAAUGCAAAGGACGGAGAGGGUAAGACGGCUCUUUUCAGGGCUGCUAUGGGAGGGAAGAGUGCAGCCUGCAAUGUGCUGCUGGGCCGGGGCGCUGACGUGAAUGCAACCGAUGACAAGGGUCUGACGGCGCUCCACUGGGCUGCUAUGGCAGGGAGGAUUGCAGUUUGCGAGCUGCUGCUGGGCCACGGUGCUGAUGUCAACGCAAAGGAUGACAAGGGUCAGACGGCGCUCCACAGCGCUGCUUAUAUAGGGACGAGUGCAGUCGUCUGCGAGCUGCUGCUGGGCCGGUGUGCUGAUGUGAAUGCAAAGGAUGACAAGGGUCGGACGGCGCUCUACAGCACUGUUGCGGCAGGGCAUAGUGCAGUCAGCGAGCUGCUGCUGGGCCGGGGUGCUGAUGUCAUCGUUUUUGAAGUAUGUGGGUUGACGAAUUAUUUGUGUGGCCUCGCAAUUCGAGAGGAUCGCAUGCUCCUCUUUCGGAUGCUUUUGGAGCAGGGGCACGUUGGCCACAUCCUGAGACCAGGCCUGGCUGUUUCCGGACCAAAGUGCGCUCGGCUUGCAUGGAAACUACGCCGUCUGCUUGGAUAA